AUGACAGUUGGAAUCCUAGGACACAGGACUACCGGAAAGGAAGUCAGAGCCGGAAAUGUGAAUGCAGUUCAAGCUAUAGCUAACAUUCUUAAGUCAAGUUUGGGCCCGAAAGGCCUCGAUAAAAUGCUAGUUGAUGACCUCGGCGACGUCACAAUCACAAACGAUGGAGCAACAAUGCUAAAGCAAUUGGAAGUCCAGCACCCAGCAGCCAAACUACUCGUCGAUUUAUCAGAACUCCAAGACCAAGAGGUGGGAGACGGAACAACAUCGGUUGUUUUGAUUGCAGCCGAGUUAUUAAAACGUGCAAACGCGCUUGCAAACUCUGGAAUUCAUCCCACCUCAAUCAUCACAGGAUACAAAAUGGCCCUAAGAGAGAGCGUUAAAUUCAUUCGCGAUCACAUGAGUUUGAGCUUAGAUUCAAUGGGCACAGAGGUUUUGAUGAACAUCGCAAAGACAACCCUCUCCUCAAAAUUGGUCGGUUUCGACUCAGAGUACUUUGCACAACUGGUCGUAAAGGCCAUUAAAACCGUCAAGACGCUGAGCGACGACGGAGACUACAAGUACCCAGUUGGAAGGAUUAACGUGAUCAAGGUUCACGGGAAAAGCGCAAAGGAAUCCUACGUAGUCAACGGCUACGCAGUCCUUAUGGGCAGAGCCUCACAAGGAAUGCCACUAGCAGUCAAAAACGCGAAGAUAGCCUUCCUGGACUUUCCUCUAAAACAAUACCGUCUUCACCUCGGCAUUCAAGUGAACGUUACUGAUCCCCAAGAACUCGAAAACAUCAGACUUAAAGAAAAGGAUAUAACGAAGGAAAGAGUGAAGAAGAUACUUGACUCCGGCUGUAAUGUGGUAUUAAGUUCACAGGGAAUCGAUGAUAUGUCGAUGAAAUACUUUGUUGAAGCUGGAGUGAUUGCAGCGAGAAGAGUCCCGAAAAAAGACCUCAAAAAUAUCUCAAAAAUUACUAAUGGGAAAUUGCUAUUAACGUUAUCAAACCUUGACGGUGAAGAGUCGUUUUCUAGUGAAUAUUUGGGGACCUGCGAAAGCGUAGAAGAAAAGAGGAUUGGAGACUGGGACGCCCUUUUUUUCAACACUUCAAAUAACAGUACUGAAAAGGGUGAAAGUAGUUGUACUUUAGUAUUGAGAGGUGCUAACGAUUUCUUUAUAAAUGAACUCGAGAGAUCAGUCCAUGACGCGCUUUGUGCACUAAGUACAGCUCUGGAACAGAAUUCACUAGUGCCAGGAGGAGGAUCUGUAGAAACUUCUCUCUCCAUUCACCUACACAAUUAUUCCAAGUCAAUGAGUUCAAGAGAACAAUUGGCAAUCGACGAGUUUGCAGAAGCCUUACUUGUUAUUCCCAAAACACUAUCACUCAACGCAGCAUUAGAUGCAACUGAGCACGUCUCACUACUUAAAUCAUACCACGCAAAGUACCAUUCGGAUCGGGAGAAAUACAAGGAAUAUAAAUGGUACGGUUUGUCCCUAAGUAACGGCAAAGUUGGCAACAACCUGGAGAUGGGAGUGUUGGAGGCGACCAUGAGCAAGGUCAAAUCAGUCAAAUUCGCAACUGAGGCUGCAAUUACAAUUCUCAGAAUUGACGACCUAAUCACUCUUGAACCUGAAAAGCAACCCAUGGGCGAAGAUGAUUAA